CGGUGCUCAGAAGAAGGUGUGACCUGUUUGCUCUCUGGCUGAGCCAAUCAAAGCUGUACUCUGUGAACUUCAUUCAAGUUAAGCAGACACUUAAUGAUGUGUGUAAAUACACCCUUCACCAGAGAGUCUUAACAGGAGCCUGUAAAGGAGACCCGGAGACUUUUCCCCCCCAGACAAAGAUUGACAAACUUUCCUUGGAUUUAACCCUCUUUCAGAAGUUCAGAAUGUCAGAAGGGGAGGACGUUGGGCAGAAUGAAAGCUGGACAGCCAUUGAUCCAAAAUCUGAAUACAGGCUGAGGCUAAACCAGUGUGUGGAAGAAAGGCUGAUGAGCUGCUUCUUAUUUCUCCAUGAAAUGGCCCACUUCAAAGAACAGAAUCCUGGCAAGUUUUGCCUCCUGGUUUGUAGCGUGUGCACAUUCUUCACAGUCUUGGGAAGUUAUAUUCCUGGAGUUGUGCUCUCCUACCUUUUGUUAUUAGGAGCCUUUUUGUGUCCACUCUUCACAUGCAGUGAAUUUGGGCAGAAAGUAUUUAGCAACAUGAAGUCCGUUCUGCUGAAACUGGACUUUGGUAUCAGAGACUAUAUCAACCAGAAAUUGAAAGAGAGAGCUGAAAUGAUAAGAACAAAGCUGAUAGAAGAUGACAGUGAGUUAGACAUAUCAUCUUUGUGUCCUAAGAUUAGCCCUACGGUUGUGGCCAGAGAGAUGUCUGUAUCAGACACAGACAUAUCUGAGGUAUCUUGGACUGACAAUGGAACUUUCAAUCUAUCUGAGGGAAACACUCCACAGACAGAUACUUCUGAUGAUUUUGAUCGGCCAAGCGAUCACGAGGAAGCAUUUGCCAAAGAGCUUUCGGAAUUCCCAUCUGUGGAGCACGGCACAGGAACAAGUGAUGAGGACGAUCUGAGCACUGGCGUGCCCGUGCAGCAAGAAGGGGGGGGGAGGGACCAUAUGCCUGCCCGGCCUCCCCAGCGUCUUCGUGGGCAGGAGAAGGAGGGGCUCUCUGCAGCAGGCCUUUCCUUGCCUCUGCUCCACCACCAGGCCUUCGACUUAGUGCAGGCCAUGGCCUCCGAUGUGGUGACCUCUGCCGUGUCAGCCGCUGUCAGAGACCAAUUGCAAGCCAUGCAGGCAGUCCCACACUUCAGCGAAGAGACGGACUCAGAGGAAGGGGAUGACUUUGAACUGCUGGACCAGUCGGAGCUGGAGCAGAUAGAAAGUGAACUGGGCCUUGCAAAGGGCCAAGAGGCAGAACCCCAAGAGAAGAAGUUCUCCGGCUUCCUCUCUAACUUGCUGGGGAGCCAUUAAUGUGGAAACUGGAGUGAGAACAGAAUAUUGUAGGCGACGUGAAAAAUGCAAAAAGGAAGAUGACUAGCUGUAAGCUUUAACUAUUAUUAUUCUAGAUGUGCUGUAACAUCCUUGAUGCUGGCUGCACUAACUUGUUACAGAUCUGUUGAUGCUGAUAGUUUUGUUUCUCAUAGCAAUGGCAUAGAAAUGAAAUGG